GUGUAUUCAAAUCUGGAGGGCAACAAGUUUCAUAUAGUAAAUACUGGAUGGGCUAUGCUGGCUCUCAUUGAUGCUGGCCAGGCCGACAGAGACCCAACACCAUUGCACCGUGCAGCAAGAUUGUUAAUAAAUUCUCAAAUGGAGAAUGGAGAUUUUCCACAGGAGGAGAUCAUGGGGGUCUUCAACAAAAACUGCAUGAUCACUUAUGCUGCAUACAGAAACAUUUUCCCAAUUUGGGCUUUGGGAGAAUACCGAUGUAGGGUGCUACUUCAAUCCCAAUAAAAAAUUUACUGUGAAGUGAUCCUGCCUGAUGAAUAUCAUUUCAAUAUUGCUUUUUAGAUAUUUUUCUGCUCUAUUUGUUUAUUUUGGCCUUCCCAAUUUUAGCUUCCUUAAAAUGCUUCAAAAGUUGCACUAGAUUUCUAAUAUGUAGCGUCAUUUAGUUCAGUACAUUUUCAUGUGAAUAUACCUGCUUUUGUAUACUUUCCUCAUUUAGUUAUUUUACAGCUUGAGUUUUACAA